UAUUCGCACGACCGCCGCCACCGCGAAUAGUUGGAUCUCUACUCUCGUGAAGCAAGGGUCAUCAUGUCAGCGGCAUUAUCGUUGAUCGUUUACGGACAAGUGUUUCUACUCGGGCCCGCGGCAAAUGUUCGACCGAUCGUUACUGGAUUUCAUGAUUCAACAGCAAUACCAGCCAUCGACCGUACCUUGGAUAAGACAAAGCCGUUCGAGGAAAAUAUGAAUUCACAAUUGAUUCCAGCAAUAAAUCGCAGACUGGGAGAGAUAGAAUUAUCAGAAAAGAUAGUCAAACGUGGUGACUACACUUACACGCCCGGAAUCGGCGGGCACAAAUUUCACACCAGAGCAACUACUUGGAACAUGGCAAGAAAAAUCUGCGAAAGCGAAGGCGCACAUCUCGCUAUUGUGAACUCAGCCAAGGAAGCGCAAGUGAUCGGUGAUAUUUUCGCGAAAUCCGGUCAUCACUUACAUUCACAUGACUCGAACUACGCCCACAUCGGAUUUCACGACCUCUACGAAGAAGGAGAAUUCGUUACCAUCGACGGCAAAUCUCUGGCAACCGUGGGUUACUAUGAGUGGCAGAGCGGAAAUCCCAACAACGACGGAAACAACGAAAAUUGCGGUUCAGUGUACAAAAACGGCCAGCUCAAUGACAUUAAUUGUGCGAAAUCUGUUGCCUUUGUUUGCGAAAUACCGGAUUCAAAUGAAGGAUAUCAUACCCACAACAUGGCAAGUAUUGGUGUAAUUGGUUUUCUUCUUCAAAUAUCGUUGUGUUUUACACUGGCGAUGACACAACAAUCUGCAUCCAAUAAUACUGGCGAAUCCAACAAUACCGCUGGAUACAAUACUACUGGUGGAGUCUGGUUUUAUAAAUCAACCGACGGUUCCGAUGUGGAUUCGAGUAACUCGUCUCUGCUUCUCCUCCCACAACGGCAUCAGUUGACUGCGGCACGACGAAAUGACUACACCUACACGCCGGGAAUCGGUGCUCACAAGGUUCACACUGCUGCGGCUUCUUGGUCCAACGCUUGGUUGAGAUGUCGACUCGAGGGUGCCGACCUGGCCAUCAUCAACUCCGAGAUGGAAAAGGACUUAAUCGUUCAACUUCUCGAUGCAGCGGGUUCUACGGUAAACGGAAAUCUAGAAGGCCGUGCUUAUAUUGGUGUUCACAGUUUCUACUAUCCUGAGGUGUGGGUGACAAUCGAAGGUCAAUCCCUGUCCGAGGCAGGAUUCAGCGAAUGGCACGAGGGCGAGCCUAGCGCCGGCGAAGAUGAGCGUUGUGGAUCGAUUUACACCUCAGACGGUACAUUAAACGACCAGGAUUGUUCGGCGACCGCCAGCUACAUUUGUGAAUUACCCGAUUUUUAG